CAAGCGUGUGUAAUAGCGUUAGCAGUAUAAAACCUUAAUGUUUUUUGGCAUACUCGCCAUGCGUCUAUAAUUCACUUUCUACAACUCCAGCUCUUAACACAGUGAUGAACCAGUAUGCUAGGGAGGGGAAGACUGGUGGGGACGUUGCUUGGCGACAAGAGUUUGUCGCCAAGCAACGGCUAUCUGUUACACUAGCUAGCUGGGUUAGCACAUAUUUCUUGAUUAGAAAAACAGGUAUCUUGUCUGAUUAUCUGAGCGCUGUUACUGCGCUUUCGUGACGACUAACUCCACUGGCCAUGAUUCUGUCCAGAGUAAAGCCAGCAGCUGUUGGUGGGGAGAUCCCAGUAAAUAAGAAGAUAAAAGAAAAAAAGUCACCGCUUGUGGAUGACUUCCUAAUUCAAAGAGACUAUCUGGGGGCCAUUACAUUGUUGGAGUUUCAGCGCAAUGUUGGCGAGCGAGGGGAGGAUGCAGACCUGUGGUUGGCCUACUGUGCUUUCCACCUUGGUGACUACAAGAGAGCCAUGGAGGAAUACAAGGCCCUGACAGACAAACCAGACUGCUGCCCGGAUGUGUGGGUCUACCUGGCCUGUACUCUCUUCUUCCUGGGGCUUUACAAAGAAGCAGAGGAGGCAUCACACAAGGCCCCUAAAUGCCAGCUGCAGAAUCGAGUACUGUUCCAUUUGGCUCACAAGUUCAAUGAUGAGAAGCAGCUGAUGGGUUUCCACCAGGAGUUGGAGGAUGUGACAGAGGACCAGCUCAGCCUGGCCUCCAUCCACUACAUGCGCUCCCACUACCAGGAGGCCAUCGACAUCUACAAACGCAUCCUGCUGCAGAACAGAGACUUCCUGGCCCUGAAUGUGUAUGUGGCUCUGUGCUACUACAAGCUGGACUACUACGAUGUGUCCCAGGAGGUGCUGGCUGUUUACCUGCAGAGCGUCCCAGACUCCACCAUCGCUCUCAACCUCAAGGCCUGCAACCACUUCAGGCUCUACAACGGAAAAGCAGCAGAGACAGAGCUGAAAAACCUGAUAGAUAUCUCCUCCAGCUCCUUUGAGUUUGCCAAGGAGUUAAUCCGACACAACCUGGUGGUGUUUCGUAGCGGGGAGGGGGCCCUGCAAGUGCUGCCUGCACUGAUUGAUGUCAUUACUGAGGCUCGUCUCAAUCUGGUCAUCUACUACCUCAGACAAGAUGAUGUCCAGGAGUCCUACCAGCUCAUCAAAGACUUAGAACCCACCACACCACAGGAGUACAUCUUGAAGGGGGUUGUGAAUGCUGCACUCGGACAGGAGAUGGGGUCGAGAGAUCAUCUGAAGAUUGCUCAGCAGUUUUUCCAGCUGGUUGGUGGCUCAGCUAGCGAAUGUGACACCAUCCCUGGCAGACAGUGCAUGGCUUCUUGUUUCUUUCUGCUCAGGCAGUUUGAGGAUGUGCUCAUCUACCUCAAUUCUGUCAAGAGUUACUUCUACAACGAUGACGCCUUCAACUUCAACUAUGCACAGGCCAAAGCUGCUGUUGGCAACUACAGGGAGGCUGAAGAGAUCUUCCUGUUGAUUCAAAAUGACAAGAACAAGAGUGACUAUGUGUACCUGAGCUGGCUGGCACGCUGCUACAUUAUGAACCAGAAGGCCCGUCUGGCCUGGGAGCUCUACAUGAAGAUGGAGACCUCAGCAGAGUCCUUCAGCCUCCUGCAGCUCAUUGCCAAUGAUUGCUACAAGAUGGGCCAGUUCUACUACUCAGCAAAGGCAUUUGAUAUCUUGGAGAGAUUGGACCCCAACCCUGAGUACUGGGAGGGCAAAAGGGGAGCCUGUGUGGGUAUCUUUCAGCUAAUUUUGGCCAGCAGAGAACCCAGGGAGGCUUUGAGGGAAGUGCUGCCCUUGCUGAGGAACACUGGGAAUCCUCAGGUGGAAUACAUCAUCAGGAUUCUGAAGAAAUGGGCCAAGGACAACAGGGUUUCUCUGUGAUAUUAUGAUUCCUUACGUAAGAAUGCAUAGCCUAUAUGAAGAAAAGGGUCCUUUGGGCAAACUGACAGUCAAAUGCAAAAAUUCACCAUAAGUGGCAGUUUGUUCAUUAUUCAUUCAUCUCUUUCCUGUUUGUUAUUUUGCUAGUACAUUGUAUUGGUGUCGUUUUUAUGCACAUUUAUUCUGUACAUACUUUCCUAUGUGAAUAAAUAUUUAAAUCUUAUACCACA